GCAGUGGCAAAGUUCAACGAAGGAUUAGCAUUUGAAGAAGAUAGUCAUACAAAUAUCAAGAUCGGUAGCGCUCUGCCACAGCCAAGUCCGAAUGGAACAAAAGACACCAGAAAAUCGAGCAAGUGCGUUCUGUUUGCCAUGAAGCUUGUAUGCAAUCUGAUCAAGAAAAGAGCGGAUCCCAAGGAUGGCGACCAACAUAAGAUCGACCUCGGUGGCGACGCUCAGUCCCUUUGGUAUAGCGGAAGCGUCUAA